UAUUUUGACAACCGAAAUAAUCAAGUGAUCAAGAAUAUGACUUAUAUUUAAAGACAAAAUUGUUAAACUAAAUCACCACAAUGGCGUUAUCAAAAUCAUUUCAGAAAGGACAAGUUCCAAUGUUAUGUCAGAUGUGUGAGGAAUCACAGGACAUCAAAUGGAAAUGUUUACAAUGUGACUUUCUCUUGUGUACAAAAUGUCAGAAACUUCAUAAAAAAGUGAAAUCAACUGACCAGCAUAUAAUUAUAGAUAUAAAAGACAUUUCUUCUCACCAGCAACAGAUUAAAGAUAAACUAGAUUUAAGUAACAUUCAAUGUGGAAUUCAUAGUGAACACAACUGUUUCUUAUUUUGUCAAUCUUGUGAAGUAGUUGUCUGCCCUUUGUGUAUAACACAAAUUCAUAACAAACACACUAUGGUUGAACUAGCUGAAGGAUAUCAACUUACAUUGAAAUCAAUGAAAAUGUUUAAUUCUGAGAUUGAAGAGGAAAUAGAUCAAAAUGAAGAAGUAUUAUCUGAACUUGAAAUUUUGAAAUCUUCAGAAGACCGCAAAUAUGAAUUGGAAAAGCAGAAUAUUCUCAACCGAGAAAAAGUAUUAAAGGAUGAAGUUGAAAAGCAUACCAAUAAACUUUUGAAAGAACUUGAUCAGAAAAAGGAAAUACUGAUGCAAUCAGUGAAUAAUGCUCGAAAUAAAUCACAAAAGAUCAACAAAGAUUUAGACCUUAGGAGAAAGAAUUUACACCAGGCCUUAAAUUCAAAUAUUGCUAAUCAAGUUUUCAACAUAUACUCAGAGGAGAAAAUUUCAAGACAACAAAGAAUAGUACCUGCCAGCCCUCAAUUUAAAAAGUUGCCAAAGUUUGUCCCAGGUAAAAAUGUAGUUCAAGAUUUCUACGUUGGAGAAUUAAAGGAAUCUGAUGAUGACCAAAAGAUAUUUGAAUUUAAAGUGAUAAAGCAAUACAAAACAGAGUUCAGGAUGGUUGACAAUUUAGUCUGUUGUGAUGACCGAAGUAUUUUAAUUUCUGAUUAUCCAAGCAAUAAACUACAUAAACUAAAAUUAACAAAUGACUCAUUAUGUGAUUUGCACACUUUUAAGACAAGCAUAUUCAGCAUGGCAUUACUACCAUCAGGUGACCUACUUCUAUCUACAAAAGAAUCAAACCUUACAAUACUUUCCUGCAGUACCAGUAAAGUGAAUCCAACAAAGUUCAGUGUAAAUCCUUUAAUAACCCUUGGUGUCCAUGUAACAAGUGACCAUAAGAUCUUAGUGGGUGUAAGGGAGAACCAACCAAAAUCCUUCCCUGUCAAUGGUCCAAGACAUGUUAUCAUGAUGAGAAUGGAUGGAGAAAAAGAAAAAGUGUAUCAUACUGACAGCAAAGGGAAGUCGAUAUUUACUCUUCCUUACAAAAUAACUACAGACAGUGACAAUAACAUUUAUGUCAUUGAUAUUCUAGAUGAAUAAUAUAGAGGUAGAAUAGUGGCAUUAGAUAAAACAAACAGAGUGAGAUGGAUAUACACCGGUAAUCCAGAUAUAAACAAGAAACAAACUAUGAAACCUAAAGAUUUGGUGGCUACAAAAUCUGACAAUAUUAUAGUUACAGACUAUCAUCAUCACAUGAUUCAUAUCCUCAAUACUACAGGACAGUGCAUUCAUUACCUUAACACUAAGGACAAGUUAGGUAUUCAUUUUCCAUACUCUUUAGACAUAGACAGUACAGGCACAUUGUACAUAGGAUGUAAUACAUAUGAAAGUGAACCCAACGAAGCCAAAAUAUAUAUUGUUUCUGGAUUCUGAUUAACUGAUUUUAAUAACUUCCAUAGCUUGUACUGAUAUAAUUCUUCUUUUCUUGCUUUUAUGAAAAUAACUUGUAUUUCAAAUUCAUAAAUUAA